GGCACUCUCCCUGAUUUCCACAACAAUGUUUGCUUAACACUUUGCUAAUAGACCCUUUCCCUUGAACAUAGAUCCGAACGCCCACUCAGAAAAGUGAUUCAUUCUUUCGUUCGUUCUUUCGGUCUUUCUUUCUUUUUGACAUAGAGAAAAAAACAACCUCCCUCUGUUCCUUCUUUUCAAAUGUCGACAAAGAUUUGUAAAUCUCUAGAUUCAUGAGAUGCCACAUUUUUGGUUUGACAAACAAGCUAACAGAUGGAGACUCAAUAAUACUAACAUAUCGAGAGAACACUACCAAUUUUAGAAGAACCAAAAACUAUCAUAAGAGUAGGAAAGUGUUUGUAGCAAAGGUUGCUAGUACUUUUGGGGUGGCUUCUGUGUUGGAAGUAAGCCAAAACGCUUCUUAAGAAGCACUCUCUGCCUUAAAUAUAUAUCAUCCGGUGAAAAUCGGCCGGGUAAUUAGGCCGUUGAAAGGAGAUGGCUCAAGUAGGUGAAGCUUCCAAUCAGGGCCAUGAAUCUGAAGGCAUUGAUACGAUGAUUAACAUUACAGGGGAAAGUGAUCAAUUUGUGAAUGGAGCAUCAAAAUCACAGGUGAAAUAUGAUCCCAUGCAUAAGGUCGACAACGUCGUUGUAGAUACGGAUACAAUUUUAAAAGAAUCAGAAAAUGGAAAUGCACUGAAUCAACAGAGAAGUACAAAUUCAAGGACCACUUUGCCACCUGAAAACGUCGGUUUCGUAAAUGCACCAAAAAAAGAAGUAGAUCCAGAAGCUACUCAAGCUUCAAAGAAAAGACGUUGGAAACCUAAUUCUUUGAAUAAACCAGAGGAAGGGUAUGAUUAUGAUUGGUUAAGUGGAGAAAGGAGAUCAAAAGGUCGUAUUCUCUUCAAGGCUUGUUGGAAAAAUACUAAAAAGAGAAGUAGUUGUUCACCUAAAUGUGAAAUCUCCAAGAAAAACGUAUCAGCCAGAUAUCGUGAUAAAAGACCGUGGUCAUCAGUUGAAGAAUCAGGAGCUGAGGCAUUGGGUUCUGUCUCUAUCAGCGAGCAAAGCAACUUCCCCAAAACCUCUAAAGAGAAACGUAAAAGGAAGAACUCGCCAUCACAAGAAGAGGAUUCUGCGGAUAAGGUCGGCGAGGAGCUGGUUGGCUGCAGAGUAAGGGUUUGGUGGCCACUUGAUCAAGUGUUCUAUGAAGGACAUAUCACUUUAUUUGACCAUUCAGAGAAGAAGCACAAGGUGAUCUACGAAGAUGGCGAUCAAGAAAUGCUAAAUCUUACAAAGGAACGCUGGGAACUAGUUGAAGAUGACAAUGCAUCAGUUCCUGCUUUGAAUGUUGAUGAUGAUGUGCCGGUGCUAACUCCUGUUACUGAAAGCAAGCAGAUCGUUUGCAGCAGAGCAAAGUUAUGUAGGAAAAUUUGGCAGGGGAAAGAACCUGACGAUCCGACUCCUCCUUUAACAAUGACCAUGCAGCAAAAUUUAACUCCAAAAGGAGUGCACCAAAAUAAAGGGAUCAAUGUUGAAGCUUCAGAAUCUGGCCUAGAGGGAAAUCCAACACCUAUAAAGGUGUCCCCUGAAGAUGGUGAUGUAUGCAGUGAAGUGGCGGAUGUGCAUGGCUAUAAAGUAAAAGUGAGCAGUGCUCCUAUACUUGCUGCUAUUUUUGCCAAGUAUGGUGAUAUUACAGUCAACUGUCGCUAUAAAUCACCUAUUGUCAGAGCUUCCCUUCUUGAUGUGGUUAGUGAUGUUGUCAGGAGGCUGAAAACUAGUGAUGUUAAUUCUUCUUCCAUUGAAGCUAUGAAAACUGUAGUAUCUGAUGUUGCGGAUACCAAGCUUGAUGUAACUUGGCUGCAACAGUAUCUGGAUGAGAUUUUUGAAGAGGAAGAUAUGGAGGAAAAAUAUUCCUAUUUAAUGGCGUUAAGCGAGACUACCAUGCUUGUCUCUACAGCAGCUAAAAAGGACUUGGUAGAAAGAAAUAGAGAGGUAUUAGCAGCAGAGAAACGGCUCAAAAAGGCUGAAAGGCGCUUGCAAGAGGCCAAAAGCCAAGCAGGAGAUGCAGAAAGGUCUGUCAACGUAUUUGACGUACUAGGUAAAAAAGUUCAGCAGGACAUCAAGGAGACUAAGGAUCAAGCACGAUAUUGGCGGAGUAGGUUGAAUGAGCUUCAGUAGCCCGGAGCUAUUUUAUCUUUGACAUAGCUUGUUUAUGUCAUGACAUUUUGGAAAUUGUGAAUGAUCAUCAUGAAGCUGGCAAGAUCGUAGAUGGUUGAAUCUUGUUUUGUAUCUCUUUCCGUAAACAUUCAGAUUUUGUGCAGUAUCGACUUUGUCAUAUUAACAAAACUAGACUGGGGUUUUUGUAUGUAACUAGU